AUGGCUGGGGUUAUGAUGAUGGUGUUGCUCUUUCUCUCUGCAGGGACCAUGUUGGGAGUCCAGGGUGAAGACCCCUACUUGUUUUUCACAUGGAAUGUCACCUAUGGUACCCGUUCUCCUCUGGGAGUUCCUCAGCAAGUCAUUCUAAUUAACGAUCAAUUUCCAGGUCCCAACAUCAACUCUACCUCCAACAACAACAUCGUCCUCAAUGUCUUCAAUAACCUUGAUGAGCCCUUCCUUCUGACAUGGAGCGGCGUCCAACAAAGGAAGAACUCAUGGCAAGAUGGAGUGCUUGGGACCAACUGCCCAAUCCUCCCGGGAACCAACUUCACCUACCACUUCCAGGUUAAGGACCAGAUUGGUAGCUACAUCUACUACCCGACCACAGGCAUGCACCGUGCAGCUGGAGGCUUUGGCGGCCUUCGCAUCAACAGCCGCCUACUCAUCCCUGUACCUUAUGCUGAUCCCGAGGAUGACUACACCGUCAUACUUAAUGACUGGUAUACCAGCAGUCAUGCCACUCUCAGGAAAUACUUGGAUGACGGCCGCUCUCUUGCAAGGCCUACUGGUGUCCUUAUCAAUGGCAAAAACGCCAAGGGAGAUGGCAAGGAUGAGCCUCUCUUCACAAUGAAGCCUGGAAAAACUUACAAGUACAGGAUCUGCAAUGCUGGGAUCAAGAAUACUCUCAAUUUCAGGAUCCAAGGCCAUACAAUGAAGCUUGUGGAGAUGGAGGGAUCCCAUGUGGUGCAAAACGUGUACGAGUCACUCGAUGUCCAUGUUGGACAGUGCUUCAGUGUCCUCGUGACAGCCAACCAAGCUCCCAAAGACUACUACAUGGUGGCUUCCACCCGAUUCAAUAAGCAGGUUCUUACCGCCAAGGGCAUCAUUCGUUACACCAACGGCAAGGGUCCAGCAUCACCUGAGCUCCCUGAGGCACCAGUUGGGUGGGCUUGGUCUCUCAAUCAAUUCCGUUCCUUCCGCUGGAACCUUACAGCCAGUGCUGCUAGGCCUAACCCUCAAGGCUCUUACCACUACGGUUCCAUCAACAUCACCCGCACCAUUAAGCUCGUAAACUCAGCUAGCCGAGAAGGUGGCAAGCUUCGCUAUGCCCUCAAUGGCGUCUCUCACGUUGAUCCAGAGACACCUCUCAAAAUUGCUGAGUACUUUGGGAUUGCAGACAAGGUGUUCAAAUAUAACACCAUCAAGGACAUGCCAUCAGCUAAGAUUGGUAAGGUUGUCACACAACCCAAUGUCCUCAACCAAACCUUCCGCAACUUUGUUGAAAUAAUCUUCGAGAAUCACGAGAAGAGCAUGCAAUCAUACCAUUUGGAUGGUUAUUCCUUCUUUGCGGUCGCUAUUGAGCCUGGCACUUGGACCCCUGAGAAGAGGAAGAACUAUAAUCUCCUUGAUGCAGUGAGCAGGACUACUAUCCAGGUCUUUCCCAAGUCCUGGGCUGCCAUCUUCUUAACUUUUGAUAACGCUGGGAUGUGGAACAUCAGGUCUGAGAUGUGGGAGAAAACAUACCUUGGUCAGCAGCUCUAUGUUAGUGUUCUCUCCCCUGAACUCUCUCUUAGGGAUGAGUACAACAUUCCUGACAAUGCUCUGCUCUGUGGGAAAGUCAAGGGCUUGCCCAAGCCUAAGCCAUACACCAUAUAA